UAGCUUUGACUUAGAUCGAUCCACCUCGGCACCUCGUAAACAAGAUCCAUAUAGUUAGGAAAAAAUAAAGUGUUUAGAAGCUUUAAGAAGCAAGUUCAACAUGUGAAGGCGGCAAAGAAUGGGUAUUGUACCCGACCCACUAUUUCCAUAUUCUCUAUAAAAAGGACCUCAAGUACGAGAGAACACACCAAAAAAGCAAGAGAAAAACAGAAAACAAUACAAAGAUGAAAACAUUCCGGAUGAUGAUGAUCUCUCUUAUGCUCGUUGCGAUAACAACAACAUCCGGUGUGGUUGGUGAGGGGACCGACGUGGUUUAUGAUGGCGAAGGAGAUCCGGUUAAGCCCAACGUGCCAUAUUACAUCAGCUUCAUGACGUCUGACUACAACAUGUGGAUAUGCCGAAUGAAAUGGGGAUCUAGUGAUCCCAACUCAUGCCCACAACAACCGUUAAUGGUCACCAAUCCAAACAUGUCAGCACCCACACAAGUUAUGUUUGUAUUGCUAUCCAAGUCAGAUGUCGUACGUGAAUCAGCCAAACUUAAGAUCAAGUUCGUGAAUCCCCGUCACUGCGGUGAAUCCGGGUUUUGGAGAGUUGUCCAGAGAGGCUCUUUAGAAGGUGAAGUAGUCCUCAACGGAUCUAAGUCUAAGUCAAACAAUGACAGUACGUUCGCCAUCCAUAAAACUAACGAAUACUACAAGUUCACUUUCGGUGACGACGACACCGGUGACUAUCAAACCAGUAUCAGUUUGACCAACGAAUAUCCUGUAUAUAGGUUGCUAUCGAAGAGGUUGUCUGGCGAGAUGGAGAUUUAUUUUUACAAGAACAUGAGUACUAUAAGUUAAGGCAAAUUUUCGCUGGCCUUUUUGAUGUAAUGUUCUCUUUUCAAAAUUAUUAUAAAACUUGUUGUAAGAACAUGAAUACGCAAUAAUAAAUUAUAUAAUAACACAAGAAAGAACAAAA